CUGUUGAAGGAAUGAAGGUUGUGUGCCAUGAAUUGGCACAGGCGACCACGGAUCCUGAAAGCAGUGGAAUGGAUGAUCUUGUGAAAGAUGCUGAUAGACUUGUUUCAUGCCUGGCAAAUAAGGUAGCCAAGACAUUUGACUUUAGUCUGACUGGCGCCUCUUCAAGGUCUUGUAAAUAUGUUCUCAACACUCUCAUGCAGACAUUUCAGAACAAGAGACUCGCACAUGCUGUCAAAGAGAGUACUCUUGAUGGUCUAAUUACGGAGCUGUUGCUUUGGCUUUUGGAUGAAAGGGUUCCUCGGAUGGAUGAUGGCACUCAACUUUUGAGAGCUCUAAAUGUUUUGAUGCUCAAAAUUCUGGAUAAUGCCGACCGGACCUCAUCAUUUGUCGUGCUCAUAAAUCUUCUAAGUCCUGUUGACCCGUCAAGGUGGCCAUCUCCAGCAGUGAACGAGUCCCUAACCUUGAGAAAUCAGAAAUUUUCGGAUUUGGUGGUCAAAUGUUUGAUCAAACUUACUAAGGUUCUCCAAAAUACCAUAUAUGAUGUUGAUCUUGAUCGUAUCCUUCAAAGUAUCCAUAUAUACCUACAAGAGUUAGGAAUGGAAGAAAUACGAAGGAGAGCGGGAGCUGAUGACAAACCACUUCGCAUGGUGAAAACUGUUCUGCACGAGCUUGUUAAGCUUCGUGGAACUGCCAUAAAGGGUCAUCUUUCCAUGGUCCCUAUAGACAUGCAACCGCAGCCUAUUAUUCUUGCCUACAUUGAUCUUAAUCUUCAGACCUUGGCAGCUGCAAGAAUGUUGACCCCUUCUGGACCUGCUGGACAAACUCACUGGGGUGAUUCAGCAGCCAAUGGUCCAGCACCUGCAACUCAUUCUGCAGAUGCUCAAUUAAAGCAAGAAUUAGCAGCAAUAUUUAAGAAAAUUGGUGACAAGCAAACUUGCACAAUUGGUCUCUAUGAACUCUAUCGAAUUACACAGUUAUAUCCUCAGGUUGAUAUAUUUGCUCAAUUGCAAAAUGCUAGCGAGGCAUUUAGAACAUACAUUAGAGAUGGUUUAGCACAGAUGGAGAAAAAUGCAGCUGCAGGAAGAACACCUUCAAGUGUACCUCUGUCAACUCCUCCACCAGUGGCACUUGACCUUUCUCCAAAAUACGGCCCUGUCUCACCUGUAAAUACAAAUGAUUCAAGAAAUCUGAAUGCUAAAGUUGAACCUACAAACUUCAGUUUGCCACCAUCUUAUGCUGAAGAAGAUAGGGCUACCAAUACCAUCUCUGCAAGAGGUCCUUUUUCGGAUGGUUUACAACAGAAUUUGGGGGAACAAAGAAGUGACAGGUUAUUAUCUGGAGUUUCAAGCGGUACAUUAGAUGCUAUUAGGGAAAGGAUGAAGAGCAUCCAAUUAGCAGCAGCUGCAGUAAACCCAGAUACUAAAAGUAGGCCAUUGGUACCUAUGAAUGGGAAUGUAAACCACGGACUUCCUGGUCAUCUCUCUGUCACUGAAGGUGUUGGUACCGAGAAUCCUAUGCAUGGUGGGGUCCUUCCCAUGGACGAGAAGGCUCUAUCUGGCCUUCAGGCUCGUAUGGAAAGGUUAAAAACUGGGUCACUCGACCCUCUGUAGGAUGGAAUAAGAGUCGGGGUGUGAUUCUUUAUGCAUCCUGGUAAAUUAUGCCAUAUGAUGCUAAUCUUGUAAUUUGGGAGAUAAAACGGGGUUUAUGCAUUUUGAGCAUUUGUCCCUCCUGGUUAUUCGCACAACCUUGCAUUUUUUUUUGGCUGAUAGCAAAUGCAGAACUUUGUUUCCUGUAAUGUUGCUGCAGAGUUUGUGAGCUUAGUGAUAUAGGCAAUGUGUGGUAAACCUAUAUUAUGUUCAUCCAUAUUUCUUGUAUAUUAUAGUCAUAACUUUGAGCUGUUUGGCGGUCGCCAUGAUUUGAUCUCAUGCAAAAGCUGUUAAAUUUUUCAGUUCA